UAAUAAGGAGAGGCAUCCUGGAAAACCAAUUCUGCUCUUCCCAGACGCGGUGUUUCUUUGACUCAUGUGAACCACCUAAGAUACCUGGGAAAUCAGUAGAACAGAGAUUCCUGAUAAAAUCACGAAUAAGUUGUGGUCGGCUAUACAUAAGAACGCAAAUCAUCAAUCAUUCCUUCAUUAUCGCUCACCAUGCUUCACUCAAUAUUUCUUGCUGUCCUGAUAGCACUCGGACCCAGUGCAGUUCUCGCUUCUCCAGGCGUUAACGAUCUCCCUCCGCCUAUUACAGGCAUUGUCUCGUCAGCCAUGAGUCUCGCUAGCUCCUACGAAUCCGAAUACACCACGAUUCCACCAGACGCACAAUCUGCGGUCUCAUCAGCGCUAUCCCUUGCCUCAUCUUACGAUAGUUACGGAAAUAUCGAGGCUAGCAGUGCCCGGAGCUUAGCGAGCUCCUAUGCCAGCGAAUAUGGCGAUGGUGGUAGCGACUCAACACCAACGACCACUUCAUCCUCGGGAUCCCAGGCCACAUUAACCGGCACUAGCACUGGUAGUGGUUCGCGAGGGUCAACAACCAUUACACGAACUACUGACUUGGCGGGAGCGACAGCAACAUCGGCAUCGGCUACGGGAGGUGCGACUUUGAAUAAGGCGCCAGUUGUACCCGUUGGUGGAGGAAUGAUGGCUACUAUGGGAGUUCUGGCAGCAAGUAUUGGUGCUUUAGCUGUUAUUCUCUAAGCUAGAAACAUGCCCAAUUCCCAAGUGUGCGCUGUAGGCUUAUGAAGACAGCAAACCUUUCAUCGAGCGAUUGUGUUUGUAUUGAUGCAUGAAACGCGAAUUCUAUUAGAUCCACAACUACGAAUACUUAUCAAUUGUAGGCGCUGAAGUUCUUUUGGAGUGAUGGGAAAUAUACGAGGCUUCUCAGUAUCUAGUCAGGUAUAGCAGUCAAAGGUACAUAGAAACAGUCUGUGAGGGCACUCGCAGUCAGCCUCACGCUCACUGGAUUGGGUCAGAUAACCUGGAUAUCGGGCGAGGCAGAAGAUAGGCUACUCGAUCAGGUUAACCAGUCACCUCAGCUACCUACAUUUCAACAAAUAAGAAGCCAUCUUAUCAGGAC